GGUAGAUGUAGUAGCCAGGCGAAACGUCUUGAAAGGCGGCUGGAAGGUAGGUCGAAUUAAUAUUGCUAGUGAGGAAAGCAGAGGACUAUAUUUUAGGAAUACUAUGGGCGAUGGGGCUGUUUUAGGCACAACUCUUAAGCUGCGUCUAUAAAAUAAAAUAUACUGCCCUCGAAAUUCAAUCGCCAUACGAUCCUAAAAUCCCAUAUUCGCUCCGAUCGUGCCCAGGCUCGUGCCCAGAUCCAAACGUGGAGUUGUAGGUGGAUCUAUCAGGACCAGAGUGUGCUGGGAGCGAUUACAUCACAACCCCUCCAUCCCCUGUGCCUGGGCCAGACUUUGAGAAUUAAAGCAUUCCAACACACGCCUUGCCUAUUGGCAUUACCUCAAGACAUAUGCAAGUCUCGAGCAAGGACGCACAUUAUAAGAUAGAACAGCUUUAUACUUUCCAGAAUGGAAAGCGGAACACCGAUCGCUGGUGAGCAAGCGCCAUUGGCGUUUGCGAGAAGUUACGAUAACCCCAUCGGGCCACAAGUCCAACCUGUCCAGGCCAUAAACCCCAUCGCUACAGCACCAGAGGACCAGCCAACAAACAGCCAUGCCCUCGCAGCCACUGAGCCCGAGGAAAAGGGGUAUGCGCAAACCCACAGCGCAUCCUCGGUGCGCGAUCUGGGAUGGCACAACGACUCUGGCUCUAUCCCGCGCCCCCUUAUCGCUGGCCUCCCCAACGACGACCUCUGGGUGCUCCUGCGGCGUUUUAAUAAGCAAAUCCAACAUGUCAAAACAACCCCCACAUCCCCCAUGGACGCCCUGGACCUAAACAUCUCCCCCAUCGAGGAAUUCUCUCCGGAUAAGCUCCGCGCCAACAUAGAGCGCCUCUACAUGACCCUAAUAGUCGGCAUCAUGACGGCCGUAAAGCACAUCGCGCGUCUCCGCUCCUGGCGCGAGCAACCCCGCACGAUGGCUUUCCUCGCUGUCUACGGCGUGGCGUGGGUGUAUAACCUGCUCGUGCCUACCAUUGCCGCCUUCAUGAUGGUCCUUACCCUCGUACCGAGCACAAGGGAGAUUGCGUUCCCACCAGCGCCGAUAGCGUUGAUUGACUCCUCGAGUGGGGGCGUCAAGAGUCCUGCUGCGGGGAUACUGGGGAGUGAUGACUCCCUUACCGGCGCGCCUGAAAGCCACCCUGGGGAGGCAGUCGAGCAGGAAGCCUCAAACUUCGUAACGGCCUUCUCAGCUAUUGCUAUUAGUAGCGCUGCAGGAAAAGGGAAUCAACCCCCUCCCUCGUCCUCCUCUUCUGCUGAAGGGAAAGAAAGCACACUCGACGCCGCAGUCCCCGACCCAACGGAAGCCCCCCUCGAAGCCGCGGAUGCGCAGACGAAAGCCGCGGGAGGGAAACCCGGCAGCAAGGGCGAUAAAACGAAAGAGCCCAUGUCAGCAGCGAUGUGGGCGAAAGCGCGCCCUGUCAUGCGCGCUAUUUCCGAUACGACGGAUACCUACGAGCGACUGGCUAACGCUUUAUCUCCCACCGCGCCAUUCCCAUUGCUCGCGCCGCGGCUAAGACUCGCUGCUAUCCUGUCCCCGCUAUUGAUGGUGUCGUUGUUUACCAGCGCGCAUGCGGUUGUGAAGGGGACUUCUUUUGCGGUUGGAUUUGGGUUUUUUGGGGGGCCGGUCAUAGAAAGGGCGAUUGGGUGGUUGGAUGCUAAGAAUCCGGAUUGGCAGCGCAUGUUGAAGUUGAGGAAUUCGUUGCUCAAGGGCGUGCCGACGAAUGCGCAGUUGAUGAUUACCUUGUUGAGGGUGGGGGAGAAGCAUAAUGCGCCCUUGCCGCCGGCGCCGGAGGGGCAUGAGGAGCUGCGUGAUGUCCCGCAUGAUACGGCUGGGGAGGAUCUCGAGCAUUUAGAUGCCUCCCAAUCCGAAAUCGACGCUGCCGUCAACCCCUCACCAUCACUGGAGGCCGAAAAAGAAAAAGCCAAAAAAGAAGAGAAAGAGAAGCCCAAAAAGCGCGGCCGCCACUUCGUCGCCUUCCUCCGCAGAACCGUCCGCGGCGGCGUGGAGACUAUGAUUGGUGCCGACAGGCUUAAAGCCGCAGCCGGUGCACCGCACGCUAAGAAGCGGUUAGGCAUUGUCCCAUCUUCCCCUCUUCCACCUGCGGGGCCGAGGAGUUUUCCGGCUAGGUAUAAGGGGUCGAGAGGGUGUGCUGUUCUUGACACGGACGGCCCGAAACCGGUACUGAGGUGGACGAAAGAGGGGGGGGAUAAGGGGUGGAGUGUUGAUGUUAGGGGGAUUAAAGAGGUGAAGAAGGUUGGGGGGUUGGGGUGGGGAGGGAAGAUGGUUGUGGGGUGGGCGACGGGGAGGGAGGUUGCGGAUGGGAUGGUGGUUGUGGGGGCGGAGGGGGAGUUUUUGUUGACGGCGGUGGGGAUGAGGGAUGAGCUUUUUAAUAGGGUUGUGGCGGUGGGGGAUCAGAUGUGGGAGUCUUGGUAA